AUGCUUCCUGCGCCUAAAUACAGCGAGGAAUUUGAGAUACAAGAAAUGGACGUCAUAGAAGAUGUUCAAAGACCCAGAAAACUGUUCGGAGGCUACCGCAUCACCCCUAGAUACUGCAAAUCCUCCCGGCCACCUUCGGAACCAUUAGAAGGACCGAACAUAUGUAUGUUCAAUCACGAAUGCAGACAAAAGAACGGUAUAGUGGUAGGAGCUUGUAUGGACGGUUUUUUAUUCGGCGCUUGUUGUCAACUUCCCAAAGGGAUAUCAAUUGGUGAUUAUUUAGAAGAUGAUAACGUUCCUCAAUACGUAAUAGGAAAUGGAUUGGUUACUAAAACACCUAAUACCACUCCUAUAGAUAUAACUUCUCUAGGUGUAUCGCAAAUAGCGGAAUCUCUAUUAAACAACGGACUACUUCCUACUGCGAUAGAUAACGAAGUCGUGCAGAUAAAUCAAAAUCAAAAAUUUUCUACUACAGGUGUAACACAUCCCCAAGCACCAGACACAAUAAUCGUAAGUCAAGAAGAUAACAAUAUCAAUCCGGAUUAUUUUAAGCCCACUACUCAACCAGCCGACGAUAGAAGAACUACCGUAAGAACCGCUCAAUAUCCGAAUACUCCAAUUUUAGCCCUCUCCAUCUCCAAUGCUCCUAUAGAGUAUACUACCGUAUCCGGUUUCAGUAAACCCAUGUUUAAACCCAAACCUACAACUCCCAACGAUAAUAAUUAUGUUAGAAUACCAACAAUCACUCACAACAGUCCUAAACCAAAUGUAACAGAAGAUUAUGAUUCCGUUGUUAACAUCAUACAAGUAAUUAACGGUAACGUUAGUAAUCGACCGACGCUAGCUACUCCAUCUACUCCAAAACCUCCAAGUACUUCUUAUAUUUUCAGUACUACUAUACCUCCGAAACCUACAACUUCAAAAAGAAGAACUACUACUAAAAAAACUACAUUUUCGAGUUCUACUAAAACAACUUACGCAGUUUCACCAACAGCUUUUAUAACUUCCGUUAAACCCCCGUCGACUUCUUAUGUAUACAGUUCGACGCCACCACCGAGGCGUCCACCACCGAGGCGUCCACCGCCAACGCUCGAUUCGAAUAUAUACAGCAGUAGCUCCACACCAGCACCGACUAUAAUAGUUCUAGCACCGGUUACUGAAGGAAUUGUACCCCAACAAUAUCCAUCGACGUUACAAAGACCAACGGCUCUUCCACAAAGAAAACCGGCUAGUAGUAAACCAAUUCACCACGUUACCAUAAAUCAACACGUUACUCAAAAUAUCUACAGCUCCACGGAACCGCCACCGGCGUCUUUCGCUUCCCCGACGGUUCUUAUAACACCUAAACCUAAUAUACCGUUCAAACCAUCGGAAUCAUCGGAUACCGUCGAGGUCGGAACUAUACCGUCUGCGUCUGAUGAUAACAUCAAUUUCCCGCCGGUUAGAAAUCCCAAUUUGAACAUGUCCAAUAUUCCUUCUUUGAACGAAAACGACAUAACCACUCCAGUUUUUAUCGAGGACGAAGCUUUAAACGCCAACGUUGAAUCUUUCGUUAACAAGAUAAUUGAAGGAUUACAAGAACCCUUCAACGGUUUAAAAGAUGUUGUUUAUAACAGGAAAAAUUCGACUGUUUUAUCUGUUGGAAGUACUACGACGAAGAAGCCUCUAAAGCAAAGUAACGCCACUAAAAAACCGGUUAUUACCACGACAUCGAGGCCUGUUAACAUCAAAGUUACCACCACACAGAAACUUAUAACUACGACUAAUAAAAAAACAGGAAAUAGGAAAACUACGAUAGUUACUACGACUAAACCGGUUAAAGUAACCAAUAAGUCCAAACCGACGAAGAAACCUUCCAGUACAACGCAGAGUUUUAUUGAACCAACUAGUGACACUAUAGUAGUCGAUAGCGAGGAUUAUCGAACAGAAUGUGGUGUGCGCCCUUUGCACAGAUCAUCGAAAAUAGUAGGCGGUAAAGGGGCGGUUUUCGGUGAAUUUCCCUGGCAAGUUUUAGUAAGAGAAUCAACUUGGUUGGGUCUAUUUACAAAAAACAAAUGCGGAGGUGUACUGAUAAGUCAUAAAUACGUCAUGACGGCGGCCCAUUGUCAACCUGGGUUCUUGGCCUCGCUCGUCGCGGUAUUCGGAGAAUUCGAUAUAUCUGGAGAUUUGGAACAAAAACGUCCCAUCAGCAGAAACGUUAAAAGAGUCAUAGUGCAUAAGCAGUACGACGCUCAAACUUUCGAAAACGAUUUGGCUUUGUUGGAAUUGGAAAAACCCGUACAAUUCGAUCAGCAUAUCGUUCCCAUAUGCCUCCCCCAGGAUAACGAGGAUUUCACCGGAAGAAUGGCAACCGUAACCGGAUGGGGUCGGUUGAAAUAUGGCGGUGGAGUACCUUCCGUUCUACAAGAAGUGCAAGUUCCGAUAAUGGAAAAUCACGUAUGUCAAGAAAUGUUCAGAACCGCCGGUCAUUCGAAAAUUAUAUUAGAAUCCUUUUUAUGCGCAGGAUACGCGAACGGACAAAAAGAUUCCUGCGAGGGUGAUUCAGGAGGUCCACUGGUCCUUCAACGUCCGGAUGGAAGGUAUCAACUCGCCGGAACGGUUUCGCACGGUAUAAAAUGCGCUGCGCCGUAUUUACCAGGAGUUUAUAUGAGAACGCAAUUUUUCAAACCAUGGAUAACGACUAUAACAGGCGUCACAUCGCCAUAG